CGAUUCACCAAACAUUGCGUACCGGCGAGGAAAGUGCGUACAGCACUUCCUACGCCAGUCCACUACGGUGGCCCUGAGAGGCCAGGGUGCUGCAAAUAAAAGAACGCUGCAAAUAAAAAAAACGCUGCAAAUAAAAAGAAACAGAAACGCCGCGCAAAUAAAAACGCCGCGAUGCAAAUAAAAAAGCCACAACGGAAGUGAAUUACCGGGGACUAUUAUUGCUGAUGCACAUGCGGUUUUUUAUGCGAGAGAAGAAGAAGGCUGGGGGAUCUCCAGGAAACAUCUCAUGGAUUUCAGUAGGCCUUAUGAGGCUGAAAGAUGGUGUACUGAAGACUGUAAGAGGAACAGUACUUCCCCUUUUGAUACGACCAGAGUCGGAUGCGGACGAAUUGCAGAGAGCUGCUGAGCAAAAAAUGAAGACCUUCGACAGCAAUUUACAUGGCGGUCCCUACGUACUGCUCUACCCUAACGGUACAAAGAUAACUAAUAUACCAGGAACAGAAGUACCCUUCACUCUAAACGAGUACAAAGAGGUAGUGGGGAAGGCCUACCAACGUAUCACACUGUACAUUUGUACAGCUGAAGAUUUCUUUACAUCUUCUCAGGAAACCAGCUCUGAAUCCAACUCAUCGGAUUCAGAGGUGAUCAUCAUGAGUCCAACUUCUGCAGAAUUCAAUGCAGCUGAUACAUUAGUAUGGGAACCUGCAGAUGGAGAGUCAGGCACUGAUACAGCAGCUCCGGUCUUAUUUUCUGACUCACAAGAGGGCCCAAGAACAUCAGGAGGUGUGCUGGAAACUGCGUGCUAUAGGUUUAUCACAAGGGGCACCGUUUACCGACAGGCAAGUGCUUGGACCAGAAGGGGGCCCCCAAAUAAGAUUCAGAAUUCACCCUUAGUGGAGAUCCUUCAGGACUUGAUGAUACGGAACAGUGCCAUGUUGCAGACUGCUGGGUGCUUCAGACAUGUCAGGUCAUGUGAAGAAAACACAAUUAUUGUAGAGGAUUACCUGAAGUGGUACAUAAUCCACAGGAACAACACUGCAAUCGAAAGAUUCAAGGCUGGACUUGAAAGUUUGCAGUUUCUGACGGCUCUGCAGCAGCAUCCGACGGUUCUGACCCCUGCUCUCUGUCAUGCCGAUGUGAAGCUGUCUGCUGCAGAGAUGGAAAAUCUGUUCCAGCCUGAAUUUAGUCAACAGGGAAGCAACAGAAGGGCUCAGGAAGAGAAAGCUAUGAGUUACUGGGCAGACUAUCUUCUCGAUUGUGAAGAAAAUGACAGCUCAGUGACCUUGGAGGAGGUGUUAAUGUUCGCUACAGGUGUGCCAUGUGUGCCUCCUGCUGGUAUGAGUCCUCUGCCACGCCUUCAGUUCCUAUGUUCUACAACGUCAACAUUCCCAAUGGCAAAUACCUGUGCCAACAUUUUAAAGCUUCCUCUUUUGGACACUUAUGGUGCCUUUAAAGCCAACAUGAACUUUGGCAUUAAUAAUUCCCCUGGCUUUGGGUGCCUUUAAACAAUUAAAUAACUUGUGGUAAAAGUUAAUGUUGCCACACACAGUACACAGUCCGUUGUUUUAAUGUUGCGGUCUGUCAGACCAAAAUGUUGUGACGUAAGAGAGAUGUGAGUAUUUUUCAUGGCAGAUUUGUCCUAUUUCAUAUCUAAGAUGUGAACAACACCACACAUUUGUAUUGUUAUUGUAUUCUCGUUAGGUAGGUAAGGUAGACCGUGGUUAAAUCAAGAGUUCAGAACAUGUGUUAAGAUGUUUUACAAAUAUUUACAUAAACAGUAAAUAAAGACUACAAAAGGCACCUUGUCGUGCAAAUGUGCCAAUUUUGUUUUGGCCAUUUUAUCAUGUUUUUACAUGGACUUUGUGAAAGAGUAAAGCUGAAUGACUCUUCAUUAAAUGGUUUAAAAGUGUUUCAUUUUAACAUAAGGACUUGUUUUUCUACGUAUAGCAUAUAUGUUACACAUAGCUACAAAGAUGACACGGCUGUAGCUGGUUCACAAG